AAGACUUUUAUACGUUACUCUAUUUUCAUAAUCAAAUUGCUGUCCAAUUUGCAAGCAAAGCUCAAAACCAAAAACGACUAUUUCUUCUCUCAGAAAACACUCAUACAUAUUCAUUAGCUUCUCUCAGAGAACCAAAAUCCAUCGAGAAUUGCAUUUUCAGAUACGUAGGUGAACUGCUAAUGGGAGAACACUUGGCUCUAUGUGUUGAUCGUCUUAUCACACCUGAAUCUUUGCACUCUCUGCAAGGGUCAGAUGAUGCAGGAUCCUCGGCAGGAAGUUCUUGCUCUCACACAGUAAGUCAAUCAACCUAUGGUACUGCUAAUAAGGAGGAUGAAGAACCAGAAGCUGGAGGUGAAGAUGAGCCAUUACUUCAGACUGUGGAAUGCAGAAUUUGCCAGGAAGAAGAUAGCACUAAGAAUUUGGAGAUCCCUUGUGGCUGCAAUGGCAGCUUAAAGUAUGCUCAUAGGAAAUGUGUUCAGCGUUGGUGCAAUGAGAAGGGUGAUAUAAUUUGCGAGAUUUGCCAUCAGUCUUACCAGCCUGGAUAUACCGCUCCACCACCGCCUUCUCCUUCUGAAGAUAUUGCCAUUGACAUCAGUGGGGGAUGGACAGUGGCUGGUGCUCAGCUUGACUUGCAUGAUCCUCAGCUUCUUGCAAUGGCAGCCGCAGAGCGCCAUCUCUUGGAGGCUGACUAUGACGAGUAUGCUGAUUCAAGUGCUAGUGGAGCUGCAUUUUGUCGUUCUGCUGCUUUAAUUUUAAUGGCCCUUCUAUUAUUGAGGCAUGCUGUGACCAUCGGAAAUGAUGAUGGGGAUGAUGAUGAUGUUUCCACCUUUUUCUCUCUUUUCUUGCUCCGCGCGGCUGGUUUCCUUCUACCUUGCUACAUCAUGGCAUGGGCUAUCAGUAUCAUGCAGCGUCGAAGGCAAAGACAGCAGGAGGCAACAGCACUUGCGGCAGCAGAAGUUGCUUUCAUGCUGCAGGCAGGGCAACAUAGGGGCUUGCAUGUAACAAUAGCACCAGGACCUGCACAGGCAGCUGAACCUUCAGCAACACCAGCACACCCAACAACUCAUGUUGCAACACCAACCGCCCAGGCGACACCCCCUCCUCCAGAGCUAUUAUAAAUGGCUUUGUUCAGUUUGCUUGUUAUAAAAUCGUUGCCGAUAGGGGCAUUUUACUGUUGGUUAGUUGCACAAGAUGGGUGGAUGAGUAGAAGGGUAGAGGAGUAUUCUUUUCCCUUUUUGCUUUUUCGAUUUAUUAGCUGUAUCUUUGCAUUGCCAAAUUUGGAGUGCAGAGGAUGAAACUUUUUCCAUUUGUUCAAUUUUUCAUUAAUGCUUGAACGAACAUGUAAAAAAUAUAGUAGCCAACUUAGCUUUCAAUUUGGAGAUACCAUAUCUCCACAUCGUGUACAUUGUUUAUAUUUUACCAUUAUGGUUUACUCUUCCUCCCGCUUAAUUAGUAUUUACCGUUGCUUUUUUA